AUGGCUACGCAAUACGAAUCCGGAGACACUCCAGCGCAAAAUAUGCGUAACUUUGAGCCCUCGACAACAUAUCUAUUCCAUGAAGAUAAGAAACAGAAGCCGUCGCUGGAUUUUACCCAAAGAAUCGAGAGGGCUUUGGCUAGAUAUAAUGCAUCAGACAAUGUAUUCAAGAGGUGGCUAUUUGAAACGUUGAGCUGGCUCGUUAGUGCGUCUUGCAUGGUUGCGAUCAUUCUUAUAAACCUCCGGAUCAAGAGCAAGCCCAUGGUCCAGGAGCCUUCGUCCCUCAACUGGAUUAAUGUACUGGGAAAGAUAUCCUCUGCGGCUCUUAUCGUCCCAACCACCGAAGCGCUCGGGCAAUUGAAAUGGAAUUGGUUCCACAAAUCGAAAGCGAUGUGGGAUUUUGAGAUAUUUGACAAGGCUUCUAGGGGCCCUCUUGGUGCCCUUAUGUUGUUGUAUCGAACAAAGGGUCGCUCAUUAGCUGCACUUGGUGCACUGCUAAUUGUUCUACUUCUUGCGAUCGAUACCUUCUUCCAGCAAGUCGUGGACCUUCCCGAUCGGUGGAAGCUGCAUGCCAGCUCCGGCGUUUUACCUAGGACGAUUCAUUACGUUGGACAAGUACCCAACGCCUACGUUGACGGCGUGGAAAUGCUUUCAGACGAUAAAGAUAUGUUUCACACCGUAGAGAAGUUUGCAUAUGGAAACGGCACACAACCAGUUCCGUUUGGUAAUGGUACACGUCCUGAUAUACCCCUCUCUUGUCCGACAAGUAACUGUACAUGGCCAGUGUACGACACAUUGGGAGUCUGCAGCCAAUGUGCCGAUAUCUCAGAGCACCUUGAUUUUGCCUGCAUGGUGAACACGGUUGACUGGACAUCUUCCUUGUCGGGUGGGUUUAUGGUAGAAGGCGGCUACCCGAACGCGACCAUGUGUGGCUACUUCCUCAAUAUCACAAGCCACAACCCUAUCCUCAUGUCUGGAUACAUUGUCAACUCGAAUACAUCGGCUUAUAGCGAAACGCUAAUCAUGAGGACUCUGCCUUUGACAACAACCCUGUUACAUGAGCCUCUCUAUGGAAACGGAUCAAUUAACUUUAAGGAGUUUCGCAACACCAUCCAGGAUGUGCUCAUCGUGUCGGCUGUGAACGGAUCAGCAGCAUCUGUUCACCGUAACGAGACGCCUAUCGCACAGGAGUGCGUAUUGACUUGGUGUGUCAAGACAAUGCAGUCUAGUUACAGCCUAGGCGAGUACAAAGAAGAGAUACUGGAAACUUUUAUCAAUACAACAUCUGGACCCUGGCCUUGGAUAGCAUCUUCCUUCUCGGAUGGAACAUCAAAUGGGACAGAUUCUUUCUUUCUCCAAGAUAUCCACAUCGACAUUGGUAUUACGCCGAGUGGGCGUAAUAUCUCGGGGUACGGCAUGGCCAAUUCAAGCGUUGCGUCUAUCACGGUGGGCUUUACUGACGUCUUCCCUGCAUUCGCAACCGUAAUGAACGAAUCUUCUGUUCCGUUGCUGCGGUACAAGACUUGGAUGGCCAAUGUAGCAUGGAACCGGAUCCUCGACUUCAACCCAUGGAUCUCACCCAACAAUGUCACAAGGCACAUGGAACGCUUUGCUACAGCAAUGACUAAUAUCAUACGCUCAUCCGAAAACAUGGAGAUGCUUUCCGGAGACGCAUGGGUGAUGGAGACCUUCAUCUCAGUGCGAUGGGCAUGGCUCAGUUUCCCGUUCAUACUCCUCGUUCUCACUCUCGUUUUCUUGGUUUCUACCAUCAUGAAGACCUCAAAAGACAACGAAACGAGAUUAUUCAAGAAUUCAGCUAUGCCGACUCUCAUCUACGGUCUUCCCAAAGAGACCCAGGGCCAGUUUACCAAUUCAUCAACGUGGAACAGCACAAAGGAAACGAAAAAGGUCCGCAUCAGGUUGAACCCGAAGACUGGAUGGAGAGUAUCGGGCCAGAGUCAACUGAGUACAUCACCGCAGCUACCGCGGCCCGCUGUCCAACCUCAUCAUAGCUGGAUAUGA